UGCCUUUCCAUAUUGGGGAUAAAUCGGUAUACUUACUGUACUCUGUGGGAUAAAUUUUAAAAUUAAAACAACAACUUGACAACAACAGUCAAAACAUUACAUAAACGUAAAAAGUAUUACAAAAAUGAUAAAUAAGUGAAGAAGCUUUUAUAUAUUUAAUUCAUAUAAUACAUUAAAAAUAUGUCCGUAGACCGUAAAAAAGGUUUCCCUGGCACAGAGGUCUUACGAAAUAUUUGGAGAAGAAAUAGUCAAAAGAAAUCACUCAAAUAUGGUUUACCGUUUAUUAUAUUUAUGAUCGGAGGAUCUUUUGGCUUAAGAGAAUGGACGCAGAUAAGAUACCAAUUUUCUAAGGUUAAAGGUGUGAGCAAAGAUGAAGCAGAAAAGAUGGGCCUUCACAAAGAUAAAGAAGUAACAUUAGAAACUGCUUAUGAAGAAAUAAAGAAACUAGAUAUUGAUAAUUGGGAAAAUAAAAGAGGUCCAAGGCCUUGGGAACAAAAUGAGAAGAAAUGAUUAUAUAUUAUAUUAUUAUAAUUGCUUGUGGAAACGGUAGCAAUGUUAAUGUGUUUGAAAUUUAGAAUUAAGAUAAAAAAGGUUAAAUAAAUAGUACUAUAAAA